AUCGCUAUGCUCGUAUAUAAGCUCGGUGGCCAUCAGCUCCUCUUUGCACUGAACCAGAAACUCGCCAUUCCUUCCCUCCGCACUCUACGCACCCGAUCCACCUUCACUGUUCUCACUCCCACUAUCAGCCCCAUACAUAACGAACACUUCGAUCAAAAUAUCCAUGCCAUAGUUCUUAGCAAUUGCACCAGCUCUGCGUCUUUAUGCAGUGUUAGUCUCAUGAUAGAUGAAAUCGCCCUGGAAGAAAUGGCUGUUCAUUUCAGCAAAUACAACAAGGUUGGCGGUCUAUGUUGGAAACACUCACACCUCGUCGAUCCAGUUCUUCAGACGUACAAAUCUGCCAUGAACAUUGCACAGAAGAUUCACGAUGGGGAGGUCCAUCUAGGCAAGGAACUUACAGUCAUUGGAGCAUCAUGUUUUGGCCGGGACGAAAUCUUCCCUAUAUUGGUGGCUCCCACUUGCAAAACAGAGAACACUUAUGACACAGAGCAGAACCUUUCCCGAGCAAUUGCUAGAUGGAACGCAACUGGCGCAGCAGCACAGAUCGGACCAGUCUGGUCACUCGCAACUGACAGUGAUGCAACUCGAUGUGCUGCCGGUCAUAAGCUUUUCGUCAAGACUCUGUUACACCAAGACUCACCCUUGUUCGGUACUCUCAUCAACAUGCUGGGAUUGAGUUCUCAAAACUUCAGCACACAACCAUCGCCGACUUGUUUUCUACUGACAUUGAGACUCAUGCAGACCUCCAAUCCAUCACUCUCCUCAGUGCUCUGCUUGAGUCCAUCAUUUUACCUUUCACCGAUGUAG